AUGGAUUCAGAUGCCAGCUCCACGUGCAGCCGAUCCUCAUCUCCAGACCUGGUAGUGGAUGACUCUACCGGCAGCUUCUUCUCCAACACUAUUUUUCAGAAAUACUGCCAGGAGAAUAAAAAUGACAGUGAGGCUGACCAAGGCAGGAUGGAACGUGGAGGCGGGAAGACCAAGAGCAGGUCUGAACUCAGCAAGGAGGAGAUGCAAGACUUAAGGCUCAAAGUCAACAGCCGGGAGAGGAAGAGGAUGCAUGACCUGAACCAGGCCAUGGACGGACUGAGGGAGGUGAUGCCCUACGCUCAUGGACCUUCUGUUCGCAAACUGUCCAAAAUAUCCACCUUGCUUCUAGCUCGUAAUUACAUUCUCAUGCUGUCCAGCUCUCUAGAGGAGAUGAAAAAACUGGUCGGGGACGUCUACGGAGGUGGUGCUGCCGCCCAGAGCCGCUCCACUGCCCACUCAACUAUCAACCAUGCAGCCACAUCUGUUCACCUCCCUCUGCAUCCUCUGGCCCAGUCCCUUCACUCUCUGGUGGGCAGCACACCUACAGCUCUGCAGCAUCACUCCUCUCCUCCCUCCUCAGCUCCAGCUCCUCAUUCCCCUCCAUCAGCUAGCUUCCUGGGCUUCCAUGCUCCAGUGCAGGGCCUUCUCAAGGACCCACUCCACCUUGGUGGCUCCUACAGACAUUUUCCUGGCAUGCCAUGCCCGUGCACACUCUGCCAGCCUCUGCCGACCGCCACCUCCACAUUGCACAGCUUGUCUAUGAAUAAAUGA